CCUGGCCGGGGCAGUCAGCUGUUGCCCGUCCUGGCUGGCGGUGCUGGCGGUCUUGUGUCGUGCUGCUGCUGCACGCCGCGUAGUGCUAGCUAGUGUUCGGCGGGGCUCGGGGCGCGCUGUCCGCUGUGGGCGAGCCGUAGGCGUGUGCGCGUGAGCGCGGCGAGGACGCGCGCGUGCUUUGCCAGGGUCUGCCCUGGGUCUGCCAGGCUCUGCCAGGCUUUGCCAACACAGGCCCGUGUGCGAUGCCACUGUAAGGGCGCCAGAUCGUGCCGGCCUGUUUGCCUCGCGUCUCGCAGACACCUGACUCGCGCAUAAACUGCAGGACACCGGGGCUGCAGGAUGGGGCUGUUCGCGGGCAAGUGCCGCAGCACGGCGCGGCUGGACGGCAAGACGGCCGUCAUCACGGGCUGCAACACGGGCAUCGGCAAGGUGACCGCCAUGCACCUCUGCAAGAUAGGCGCCCGCGUCGUCAUGGCGUGCCGCGACGUGCAGAAGGCCGAGGAGGCCGCGGCCGAGAUCCGCGCGGGGAUCGCGGACACCGCGGGGGCGGGGCAGCUGGUGGUGCGCAGGCUGGACCUCGCGCACCUGCAGUCGGUGCGCGAGUGCGCCAGGGACAUCCUGGAGACCGAGGCCAAGAUCCACAUCCUCAUCAACAACGCCGGCAUCAUGGCGUGCCCGCGCAUGGAGACUGAGGACGGCCUGGAGAUGCAGCUGGGCGUCAACCACUUCGGCCACUUCCUCUUCACGUGCCUGCUGCUGCCGCGACUCAUCCAGUCCGCCCCGGCCCGCGUCGUCACCUUGUCCUCCCUGGCGCACACCUCGGGUCGCAUUGACUUCGACGACCUCAACUCGACGCGCUCCUACCAGCCGUUCAAGGCGUACCAGCAGAGCAAGCUGGCCAACGUGCUCUUCUCCAAGGAGCUGGCCAGGCGGCUCGAGGGGGUGCGGGGGCCCAACGGCGGCCCCGCCGUCACCACGUACGCCGUGCACCCCGGCGUGGUGAGGACGGAGCUGGGCCGCCACCUGGACGGGCUGUACUUCAAGGGGGCGCGCGUCGCCAUCGGCAUGCUGUUCAGGCCCAUCUUCAAGAACCCCGUGCAGGGCGCGCAGACCACCAUCCACUGCAGCAUCGACGAGGAGGCCGCCAACGAGACCGGCCUGUACUACAGCGACUGCAAAGUGAAGCAGCCGUCUUCCAGGGCAGAGGAUCUGGAGGUGGCCAAACGCUUGUGGGAUGAGAGUGUCAAGAUUGUGAAUCUGGGGGACUUUGACCCGUUCAAGCCGGCCUGAAGAGGGGAAGGAACCCGUAUUGCGAGUCACGGGUUUCUGGAUUUGCGAUGUGGGGUCCGGGCUGGCCCGACGGGCCCCACGACCCUUCUUCUGAACACUAUUCUGUUCGCAUUACUCGCCGGCAAGUCCAAAAGUGGUGCAAGCAAUCUGACGGAAAGAUGGGCUCGGUGCGCUGCGGUGUGCUGUUACCGCACAUGGGUACGGGGCUGGGCUACCACAACCACUGACCACCAAAAAAAAGUCGCGACGACGACGGGGUCAAAUCAGUCGAACUGCAGUUAGUCUCAUUGAUUUCCAUAAGUGAGAUUGGAUAAAUAAAUGAACUGACAUGUUAUAUAUCUCUGUAAAUACAUAUUUUUGUAAUUUAUUUGUAAUUAAAAUAAAAUGCAGAGAAAUGAU